AUGGCCUCACAAGCUAUUGCAAAAGAUUUGUAUACAUAUACUAAUGAUGAAAGCUUAUAAUUGAUGAUCUAUUCUAUUAAGGGUAAUCAAGUGUGCAAGGACCAAAGGAAAAGUUUUAACCUUUGCAGAUCUACACCCUUAGGAAAGCAUGUUGAACCAGAGUUUUGCAAAGAUAGUGCAUUAUCAUUGAUCGAUUGCUUUUUGGGAGUUCAAAGGAAUGCAAAGUGCAAUUAGCAAUUUUAGAAGGUGUUUGACAUUGCCAAAACUGGCCAAUAUGCUUAGGAGAGUUUGGAAGAUUAUUUGAAAUGUUGAAUACAAUCAUACAAUAGUAUCCAAAAAUAUUAUCUUUAUAUA